AGAAACACGUAUAUUAUUACGGCGCUUAAGAAAUUCAUAACAGAAAUAGAUGAAACCAACUGUUUUUAAAAGGAACGUUUUCAGAGACGAAUGAAUCGAACGUAGAUGUGAAUCUCUUUAAAGAAAUCGCGACUUGACCAUGAUGAAAUCGAAUCUCUUCUAAUUAUCGUUGCAAAGUUUUAACAAAGAUGAAAUUUCCUAGAUGGAACAAUUAGUUGAAUAAUUUUUUAUUUUAACUGUCUGACGAAUUAAAUGAAUAUACGAGCUUUUUAUUUGUAGUCUACGCUGUCAAGUUGCGCAUACUUUUUGGAGAAAGUUUGAUUUUUAAUUGAACGUAAAACUUAGUUCCUAUUACUACCGGCACAGUAAACUUAUCGCGACAAACGAAAAGCAUAAUCAGAUUAUAACGAAUAUGAGACUCAAUUUUACGAUUUUUACCGUUCGUUUAGUAAAACAAAUUAUCAAGUUUCUUUAUAACUCUUUUUCCGAUUUUCUAGACACUUUGAAGUUCGACCGAGAAUCAUAGUAUUAUAACAUACUCGAGAUAUUUUUAGUUUUAGGAAAACGAACAGGGCUCAAUUUUAAACGGACGAAUAUUGUGUUUGUCAAAUUACAUAUUUUUCGAGAUGAGAAUAGAAAAACCGAUUAUGUGAAAUUAUUGAUAAGAAGAGAGAGACUAAAGAUGACAAAAUAUUGUAAUUUACAGUUCCUUAAUACUUAAUCGAGGGAAUUAAUUAAUAAUUAUUUGUUUUUACAUUUACUAUGACGUUACUGCGUUUAAAAAAAAAGAGUUAAGAAACGAUAUUAUUUCAUCAUGAUGAUAGUAAACACUAUUACUCUAGUCAUAAGAAUACAAUAUUUUUUGCAUUGAAUUAAGAUACGAGAAAUUACCAAGUGACGUACUUUCGUUCGAAAAAAAAGAAAAGAAGAAAAAAAAAAAAAGAAAAAAUGAUUAAUAGAAGCUCAAUUUUAUGAUAAAUCGCGCUUGUUCAGUUUUCUGUCUUUAAAUUCUAUUUGUUUGAAACGCCUGAUGUAGCGUAUUAUUGUUGGAACUCGUGAGAUUCAUUCUAGGAUAAAUUUUGCUAUUAGACAUCUUUUAAAAAUUUCGUUUGUGUAAACGUUAAUGUUUGUAUAAACGUUUACGGUGUUGUAUACAGAAUGCGAAAAAUUUCAUUGAAACGAGUAAAGUAUAAAGGUACUGUAACAAUUGUAAAUAGAAGUACACGACGUAGGAUAGCAUUGUAUAGUUGUAGAAGAGAACCAUAUUUAUAUAUUGCAUGUAAUUAGUUAAUUUUUAAAUACUAUGUACCAUUGUUGUUAUAUUUAUUAGAUAUUUAAUGAACAUAAUGUAAACGGUAACCAAAAAAUUAACGUUUAGGAUAGAAAAAGCAUAGGCAACGUUCCGCCUUAAAUCAUUGAUUGACUGUACAAGUUUUUAUUUAUCGCGUGCAUCUUUGAAUCCGAAUAAUACUCAAAUAUAGCUAUAUUCUUGAUACUUUAAACAGAGAACGCGUGUUUCUACGGUGUGCCCGAUAAAAAUGACAAAAAGACAUGCUUUUCAUAAUAAUUAAUGAUUUUUUUAAAAAUCGAACACGCUCAAACGCGUAAAAAUCUACUUAUAAGUAGAACUAAAACUAAAGAAAUUGUAAGAUGUAAGUCUAGAUUAUAUGAUGUUAGGCUUGUGUCCAAUUCCAAUAUAGUAAUUAGGAGAAUAGUUCAACUUAUGAAGGAAUUUUUACGCGAUACAAUAUACUUGGAAAUAACGACUUCCCGUUUUGAUCAUGUUUUCUUAUUUUUAAGAAAUAUUUAUUAAAUUAUGCGAAUCGUUUGAAUUGCAUAAUAUAGUAUUCUGAAACAAAUGAUCAUAUCAGUAAAUAAAAUACAAAUUGAGACAAGCAUGAUGAAAAGGGAGGAAUGAUUUAUAAUAUAUUCGAUUCAUUUUAUAAAUGAUUAAGUUAACUCGUAAUUGCGAGGCACACCGAUGUACUAUCUAUCGCAAAAUAAUGCGGAAUAGAUGUAAUAGUAACGCACCUACAGAAAUGAAUAAUUAUUUUUGUUUACCAAAUUUACUUUGUUCAGUCUGUAAAUAUCGUUUCAAUCAGUUUAAAUUUCAACCUCGAUUCUUUCUCAUCGGUUAUUAUUGUUGUAAGCUCUUUGCGGUACAAUUUAUAGCAUUUAGCAUUAGUUUCUUCUUUUAUACGAAAGAUCUAUAUCAAUUCUUUAGCUUUGCCGAAGAAUUGAUUAUACAUAUCUAUAAGACGUAGCGGAAUAAUUUUAAAAAUUCGCGCGCAUACUGUCAUCGUGCGCUGUCGUUUUUAUUAGUUACACGUUAGCGAUUCAUCAUUCACAUCAUUACGAUUAUUUAAAACAUUUUUGCAUAGUACACCGGCUCUCACAGUUUAUCAUAAAACAUUCUGGAAGUGUGUAACGCAUUAUAGACUGUGACUUUUGAUGCCAAUAUACCAAUCGAUGUAAUUAAAACCCUGUGUAUUAUUGAUUAUGGAAUACGAUGGGUAUCAAUCAUUUAAUUCAUGUAUCAUCAAAUAAAUAAAGAUUUUCAUUAAUCUCGAAGUGGAUUGAAUUCAAAUUAAACCGUAAAAGAAACUAUCGCGUUACCUUCUGACCCCUUCAAAUUGGCAAAAUUAAAUUGGUGUGAUACCUUCCUUUUUUAUUUUUCAUUUCAAACAACGUUGCGUAAAAGGAAAUGAAAUGAACGUAGAGCGCAUGCGUUUGUUUUUGUUAUCCCAAGUGCCGUAUCGAAUAUUUUGCAAAUAAAUAAUAAAAAAAGAGACGCCUACCUUCAUUGAUAUUCGUCGAUGCGAAGCGGUUGAUCGAUGGGAGACGCAAAUGAAACGACAAAGUUUUUCGUUGUUACCGCGAGAUGUCAGUAGUCUAGGAUGCUAGAGGAGGCAGUGAAACGCCGCGCGCGGCUCGCAUCGUCCGUCAUAGUAAACACAAGUACGAACUUGGACGAUAGGUACCUCGUGCACUGCCACUGGCAGAUACGCGUUUUGACGGGUGUUGAAAGACGACGAAAUAUAAAAACGACAUCAUUUAAAUCAAAGUGUUCGAAAGUUUGAUCGUGCAUGGGAUAGGUGAGGGUUAUGAUAUGUGACGGAGCUAAAGAGCGGCGGUGAGGGCAUCGUCGUCGGUGAAGGUAUUGUCAAGACGCUUAAUGUGCGCGGUGCGGGCGCGUGGUACGCUCGAGGCGGCCACAAAUGAAGAAGUGGGAAGCCACGACGAGGGUGGUAGAGAGGGAAGAUGUCGAGUGGCUCGGCCUCGAAACUCGUGAACGGUGAAAACAAGAAGGAGAACGUUCACGGGUACGAGUACGAGAACAAGAAAGAAACCGUGAGCGGCGCUGCUGGCAGCACUGGCUCUUCCAUAGUUCUCACUGGUGAUACUAGUAACGCUACUACUAUCGUUACUGUUCCUGGUACUGGUACUACUGUUCCUAGUAUUACUGGUAACAGUUGUAGUGGUAGUGGUUGUGGUAAUGGUGGUAGUGUUUGUUUCACCGGUAGUGGUAACGGUGACAGUGAUAGUAAUAGCGGUGUUUGCGUUACCGGCUUGACCGUCGGGGGCGUCGUAGGCGUGGAGUUUUGUGACGUUAAUUCCGAUCUGAAAACAGCGGAUAAUCUUGAAGAGGUACACGAUCAAAGGGAUGUAAACGACGUGACGGAAUUCGGUGAAACCGUAUUUCAGGAUCCAUACACGGGAACGUGUAUCGAGACGCCAGUCGACAGUCUCGCUACUACUACUACCACCACCACCGCCACAACCACCACCACCAUCACCAUCAUUGAACACGACGAUCGAACAAGUACGACUGUAUCUGCUCCUUGUUACGAAGAAGAUCAGGAAGAGGAUAACGAGGAGGACGACGACAACAUGGUCGCGGCGAUGAACGAACACUUGUCUACUACGUCGGCGACUAGCGGCAUUCGAAGUAGCACAGUUUCGACAACCACUACUACUGGCAACUCGGUCGUAAACCAGAAUAAUAGUUGCUCUCGUAAUGAAUAUCAAAACGUUCAAGAGGAUAGUAAACCAGCCGCUGGAAUACUCAGUUUUCCCUGUGACUUUGACCACAUGUAUGCCAGCAUGACAGACGGUGGAGCUCCGGCAGCCGCCACUGCCACCUCUGCUUUGGGUGUCAGCCCCCUUCGAGGCAACGAACCUCGUCAAAACGAUCUAACAGAGGUUAAACACCUCAAAGAACUUUUGCUUCUUCAUUUGGAUUUGAUUCAACAACAAUCCGAACAAAUUGUCACCAAGGAUAAACUUUUAGCUGCUCUACGACAGGAGAACGAAACGCUUAAAUUGCGUUUGGAGCGUAUGGAUAGACGUGUAAAUUUACAAAAACUACGCUCAGAGAACAGUGAAAAUUCCAUUACGCCAGAACACAUAGGAACGUGUUCUCCUCCGACUGUUAAUUCUGUGAAUGUGCCAUCCACUAGCGAACUUCACAGGAACGUUCAAUCUGAAAAUAAUAAUUCCCAGUAUAACGAAAGUUUUAAAAUACGUUUAAAUACUAGUGGUGGAAUAACGACAGUUAAACAAGAACCAAACGAGAAUCAAAACAAGCAUGAGACUAAAAUAGAGACUGGUAACGAUGGUAGGUUAGAUUGGGAGGAGAAGAAGAAAAGGAGAACGGAUCCAAUACCAUUGUCCACUGGAAGCAAAAGAAAAAGAGGUGUUUCGUGUUCGUCUACGAUCAGCAAUGAUACGUCUUCGACGGGACACGAUAAGACGUUAACUCAGGAAACCGGUAGGAAAAGCGAUAGAAAAGGAAAAACGAUAACGAAAAAGGAAUCCUUUCUUACUACAGAAGAACAUUAUUACACCGCUGUUGGUGAUCCAAGUUAUACCUUAAGUUUAAAAGAACCUAAUCCCGUGGAAAGUGAUACAUCAUUGGAAGUUCCAAAUUGGAGGGUGAAAAUAUAUACAAGUUGUUAUACGAUGGAAGGAACCGAAAAUUUGGACGAUGAAAUUUUUAACAAAAGACAUUUAAAAUUAGAAAAUGAUGAAAGGAGAAGAAAAAGAUGGGAUGUACAAAGGAUAAGAGAACAAAGGCACAUCGAAAAGUUGAAACAGAGACAAGAACGUCAAAAUCAUCAAGCUACAUGUUACAACACAAAUCAUACAGGACCUUGUCCAUCAACAGUUGAAGAAGAAACGGUAUCGUCGUUAUGGCCUGAUGUAGAACAAAUUCAAAGUCUUCAAGUGGAUCCCCAUUUACCUGUUACUGCAUUUGGUGCUCCUAUCCCUAGUUUUACUCCGAGCGAAUUUUCUUUACCAUGGUUAAAUAUGACACGAUCGAGUUGUCGACGUCCAAAGCGAUCAACAGGUAGAAGAAAAUCUACUAGGAGAUAAGCUUUUAGAGCGGUGGACAGGACUAUUUUUGUCUCAUAAUUUUUAACCUUUGUCAUAGACUUGCUCCCUUAUACCUUCAUUUUUAUUUUCUAAUAUUAUAUUCUUUUUAUUACGUGAGAUAGGAGCACCAAAGAUAUUUUUAUUACCUUUUUUUAAAAGUGCAGUCCAGGAAAGGUAACUAUAACCAAUAGGAGUACCUACUACUUUCUUUUUUUUUAUUUCUUACGUAUUUGUUGCUACUGAAACUUGAAACUACAGUAGGAAAUAUUCAUCUUGUAAUUUGUCGAGAUCGAUAGGAAUCGUUUUAUUCGUACAACUGUAACAAUGAAUUGUCGCGAUUUGAUAAAAAUAUUGAUUUAUUUAAUUUUAAUCGAUAUUUAUUAAUUAUAUCUGUGAAAUCAGAUUCGAAAUUGUACAAAUUAAAAUAAUCGAUUUAAACUUUCAGAUUAAAUAUAUUUUUUGCAACUAAUCGGAUGAAAUAUAAAUUUAAUUGAUUAAAUACGUUCUUGAAUAUAUGUUCAAGGAAAUUUCUUACAGAAAAAAAAAGCAGUGUACAAUUAAUUCGUAGCCCCUUUUCUUUAGCCUUUAAUUAAUAGAACGGAAAGUUCUUUGUACCUAUGAAAUGAUCCCAUCACUGUUUCCAAAAAGUACCACCGGUACAAAUGUAUUUAUCGUAUUAUAUACUUAUCGUUAAAAAUUAGGAUAUUCUUGAAACGAAUAGUUUAUAAACAAGUUUAACAAGUGAGAAAUUUAAAACCGUAUCAGAUCAGAUCCAAUUAAUUUAAUUUUUUUCUUAUUACAAACGUUAAAUACAUAAGCGUGUUUGAUCUAUUACGGUUUUCAUACGUCUAUAAUGUUUGCAUUAUACUUAUUCGUACAAGUAAUGCAUCCAUUCGAUAAAUCAUCUCGGAUAUAUCGCACUCUUUGUGGACCAUUGUAGUUUAAUAAACAUAAAGUGUGUAAUUAUCUGUAAAAAGUUUAAAAACAUUUAUAGAAAUAACCACUGUCUUCCUAAAACAUGAAAGAUCGUUUAAAAAUUUAGAAUGUUUCGAUGACUGAAAAUAGAAAUUUCGCGAAGUGGGAAAUCCAGUAACUUACGUUGCUUUAAUUCAAGAAUAUAGAUAACAUCUGAAACACUUCACGGAUUUUAAUUUAAAUGUAAUAAUUAGAUUAAUGAAUAAGUUAUAUCUAACGUAACAAAUAGUACAUACAUAAUUAUAUCGUCCGCGUUUACAUCGUAAUGUUAAAUAUUAUUUCUAUAAUUUGAUAAUUUUUUAUUAAACUUAAAAAAGGAAAGGGGUUACGACAUGCAAUUUUUUUUUUUUAUUCAGACAAUUGUUCCAUAAUACUUUUAGGAAGUUGCAGAAUCAUUUCUCCAUUUCUUUUUCAUCUUUUAUCUUCUUUUUUAUAAAUCAUUGCAUUUAAUUGUAAUUCUUAAAAAGAAAAAAUAUCAAACGAUAAAAUGGACUAACUUUUUAAUUGUAUCAUUUUGUUUUGUAAUGUGCGACAAGUGACGAGGUACUCGAUUCAACCGUCCAUGAGAGGUGUCAGAAUUUCAUGAACCGAAAUACUUGACGUUUAAACACGGUGAAUAUAGUAAUUAUAAUUUGUAAAUAAAGAAACAUCUUUCCACGUAAACAUAAGCUUUCGUUUACUGUUUUAUUUAUGAUAGUGCAUAUUACCAGCGAAUAUAUAUAUAUAUAUACACAUUGUAUAUGUAUAUUUCAAAUGACCAUAUUUUGUUUACAUUUAAAUAAAUAAAAUGCGCGUAGCAUUUUAGAUAAAUAUUUUAGAAAACAGCAUGGAACUGUUUGCGUUAUACUCGUUAAUUCGAUUUUAUUUAUUUGAAAUUUUUUUUUAAAUGCACCAAAGAUACAAAAUAAUAUAAUUUCGAUCUAUUAUUAUUAAUGUUAUUAUAAUUUUAAUUUAAUCAUGUAAAGCAUACGUGUAUCUCAUUAUACAAAAAAAAGAAAUUGUUUAGUUUCCCAAAUAUCUGUCCGAGGCUUUUCCAAAUAUCGUUUGAAAACUUUUCAUUUAAAGUUAUUAAUAAUCAUCUGGAUAUAACUUUAACAUUUAGGCGUUAACACGUAGCUAUGUAUUGUUUUUUUGUUAAGUUUUUACCAAUUGUAUAAAAUGUUUUGGAAUUUUGAAUUAACGAGAUGUUGACAGCCUACAUUUAUGUAUAUGUGUAUGUAUAGCGGUAUACAAUACGUUUAUCUAUCUCUACGUGCAUGCCAGCGCAUGUAUAUUUAUACCAUGUACCGCACACUUGCAACUAUCAAGAAAUGUGUAUGAUUUUAACUAGAUCGAUGUAUAUACAGGGUGAUUCAUUGAUUUUGAUCAUGUUAAGCGUCUCCGUCGUUCGUCAAUGACAGAGGAAAGUAUAAUAAGAAAUUGUUUGGUUCGACCUAAUCAUUUUUUAAGGUCAUCAGUUUUUUGUACAACAACUGGAUCACUGACUAUGUUUAUUAAACAAAAUCUUUCUUUUCUAUGUACUAUAUCGUUGUUGAAAGUAGAAUAUACAUAUAUAAAAUUGUAUUUCAUAGACAAUAUGUAAUUAGAAAGAAAAAAAAAAAAGAUAAAUGAUCCAGAAGUGUUAGAAACUGUGACUUUAAAAAUCUUAUCUCCAUGACCAGAGUUGCCUCCUUAAACCAAACAAUUUCUUCGGCGUACAAUUUUUUAUUUUUUUAUGGUAUUAAUAGUAUCAAAAUAAAUGAACCACCUAUGUGUGAGUGUAAACGUACGUAUGUGGGUAUUUUGCGAAAUAUAUUUAUUACGUUGAGUAUAAUAUAUAAAUAUUAUACUACAUAAUAUAGUACAUGCGUUAUUAUUAUUAUGUAUACAGGUUGUUCCGUAAGUGAUGGAUCAUUUUCAAGGAAGUAUAAAUCUAUUUGUAAACACAUAAUAGUAACAGUAUAAGCGUUCAAUCGAUCUACAUUAGUACAUAUUUCGAUUGUCAGAAUAGUUGAAAAAAAAAAAAAAAAAAAAAA